GCGGUCGCUGGCGGCCUGCGCGGCGCGUGGCUUCCCGGCGCUGCGGAUGGAGAGCCCCGCGGCCACCUUCACCCUGGCCUACGUGGUGCUGGCCGUGUGCUUCGUGUUCCCGCCCACCGAGUUCCACUUGGCCGGGCUGACGGUGCAGAACCUGUUGAGCGGCUGGCUGGGCAGCGAGGACGCGUCCUUCGUGCACUACCACCUGCGGCGGGGCACCGGCACCCUUCUGGCCCACGCGCUCCUGCCCCUGGGCUAUUAUGUUGGCAUGUGCUUUGCAGCACCUGAGAAACAGCUCUGCAGUUUUUACCAGGCUCCUGAGAGUUGGAAAGUCUUCUUCUUGUUGGCUGUUCUUGCCCCAACAAUUGUUGGUAUUCUAGCAUAUUAUUGGUCACAAAGUGGUUGGAAUAACCACCCCCUAGUCAAGACACUUUCUCUUUAUGCCCUCCCACAGUCAGGUUGGAGGGCAGUGGCUUCUUCUAUCAACACAGAAUUCAGAAGGAUUGACAAGUUUGCUACUGGGGCUCCAGGAGCACGAGUAAUUGUUACAGACACCUGGAUCAUGAAAGUAACCACGUACUGUUUACACAUUGCCCAACAGAGGGACAUCUAUCUAACAGUGGUAGACUCAAGACAGCAUGAACUCUUGCCAGACUCAAAUAUGCCUGCACAGUUCCUCACAAUCCGUGUUGCCAGUGUUAAUCCCAAUGUGAAACCUUUUGAUAUCCGGCUGAAUUCAACAGAAUAUGGGGAGCUGCAAGAGAAACUCCAUGCUCCCAUCCGUAACGCUGCUAAUGUGGUAAUCCAUCAGAGUCUCAGUGACUUGUUUCUGGAAACCUUUAUCUCUUUGGUGGAGAUGAAUCAAACGUACUCUGUUCCCAGCAAUCAGGAGCUGGACCCAUGUAUUGGGUGUAUGCAGACUAAUGCAAAUAUUAAGCUUUUGAAGAACUGUCAAGAACCAAAUGAAGGAGAGUGCCAGAAAUGCUACUGUCGUCCUAUGUGGUGCCUUACUUGCAUGGGCAAGUGGUUUGCCAGUCGGCAGGACCAGCAGCACCCAGAGACUUGGCUUUCAAGCCACGUGCCUUGUCCAACCUGCCGGGCCAAGUUCUGCAUUUUAGACGUCUGUGUCAUACGAUGAAUGCAUCCCGGGACACUUUUGCCUUUUAAGUUUGAAUGUGCUCCAAAUCUGGAUGAAUGUCAUAUCCACUUAUUGAUUCCUUUUAUUCUGUUGUUCAUGGCGAUGUCUCUGCAGUACCAUUCUUAUUGUUUUUGUUUUUCUGUUUAUUUGUUUUGCUUAUAUUUAAACUCACUUUUAAUUGCUGUAAUGAACAAUUGAGAGUUGUUUUCAGUAGCCUUUAAACUUUUGUGACUUCCUUUUCUAUUAAAUCUUGGGUGAUAGAUACUCUUAUCACAUCAUACCUCUACUAAAGCAGUAUUUUAGCUGCUAUGUAUAAGCAGGUAUUCUUUAAGACUGAAGAGGGUUAACUUCUCUGUAUAAAUCAAUAUGUCAUCAUAAGAAUUAGUAUCCUAAAAUGCAGUUCCGUUUUACUUUGUAAAUCAUUAUUAACCUUUAUAGGAUCUUUGUUCUCUGUCUUUUGUGGUCUUAAUAUAGAAGUCUCCCUAUAUUAAACAAGAAUUGCAGUUCAGCUUUAGAAUGCAUAGAAUUCAGCUUCCAUUUGUCUAAAAUGUCUUCAAAGUUCCCCCCCCUUCCAUUCUGCCUUUCUAACUUAGUUUAUCAUACAUAAGAUAAGUUUUUAAACUCAUUGGGUUGGCUCCAAACUAAGUUAGUUGAACUUAUUCCAACUGAAAUCAGUGUGACUUGUCAUGACUUAAGUUCUGUUUCACUGAUUUCAAUAAGAACACAGUUCAUUUAACUAACGCUGCCAUUGUACACAUAUCUACUCAGAAGUAAGCCCUAUUGAAUUCAAUCAAAUUUACACUCAAGUAAGUGUGUAUAGGAUUGCACCCUAGUGUUGUUUUAUCCCAUUAACCUUAAGAGUAGUUUUGUUGCCAUCCAGUUAUUAAUAGUAGUAGUAUUAUGUGGAAAAAUAUAAUUACCCAUAAUAGUGUUUUUUACAGUCAUUAUUGAAGUACCCAUGACCAUUGUCUUAUAAAUUGAUACAUAAUUCUGAGACAUUAUGCAUUGACAGUUACCUUUUCCAUGGAAAGGAUGUCCCAAAAUGUUCGCCAGACAUUCAGAGUAUUUUGGUAAAUUAGCCAAGUCCUUCAAUUUUGGCAGUAUUAUUUUAGACACCAUUAAGUAAGAAAGCUAACAUUCUUUGGUUUAACUUGCCUUUUACAAAUACACUACAGUUUUAGGGUAUACCCUUAAUCUAUGUCCAGUUACUAUAUACAAAAUCUAUAGGGCCGACUGCUAGUAUUUCUUAGUAUACAUACAUGCAGUCCACUAAUGUGAAUAAAAGUUCUAGGGCCAUAUCCAAUGUUAAUUUGAUGUAGAGUAGACCUAUUGAAAUGAAUGAUACAUUAAUCAUGAUAAACUUAAGUACCAUUCAUUUCAAUGGCUCUACGUAGGACUAAGACUGGAUACUACUCCUUUACUGGCUAGUUCCGCAAUUGUACCUACGUAGGACUAAGACUGGAUACUACUAUACUGGCUAGUUCCGCAAUUGUAUCUGUUCUCUUAUUAAUCUGAAAUUAUACAUUCAAAUAUUUUAUAAUGUUCUUCUUUGAGAUUCACGCAUAGUAAGAAUGAGCUUGUAUAUGAAAUUACAUUCUUGGCUUUCUGUUCCAUUUGGUCCUUUAAAAAUGCCUGUUUUUAUUUAUUUUUAAGAAUGCAAAAGAAUGAAUAGUAACCCUUCUAAAAUCUUAGCUCAUAAGUAACCUGUUAUUUCUUUGAAAUACCUUGGAUGGAAAAUGUGUUUGGAGAUGUAAAAAAAAAUAUGUUUGUUUACUGAACCUUAGAUAUCACUACCUUGCUAAUCGUUGUGGUUUAUUAAAGCAUCUCUAACUGCUGGGACAUUGCAUCAGACCUUCCCUCCCAGGUCAAAGGAGGGCUUUUUCUGUUUAGAACUUAAUUGUCUUGCAUACUUCAUUGUAGAUCAAACUAAUGUUUCAACUCUUUAAAUAUUAAUUUUAAAAAUGCUUUGAUAAAAUGGAUGUAGGAAUUUAAGUAAAUGUCUAAUGAAAAAUUAAA